AUGAAAGGCGAACCUAAGACUUACAGCAUGAGCGACCUCUCAUACUACGGUGAGAAAGCACAACAACAGAACGAGAAACAGCAAAAACAAUAUGUUGUGAGACGAAAUUCUACGCAGUCAACAUCAAAACAAAACGUGAGCGUGGUGCUCGAGGACAACGCCAGCGAAAGUAAUGAACUACCUAAAGGGUUUAUCUUGUACGCAUCUUUGAUAGCAUUGGCUUUGUCGCUGUUUCUGGCAGCCUUGGAUAUCAUGAUAGUUUCUACAAUCAUUGAAGAAGUAGCUAAACAGUUUGGAUCGUACUCUGAGAUCGGGUGGUUAUUUACCGGGUAUAGCUUACCAAACGCUCUGUUGGCGUUGAUAUGGGGAAGAAUUGCCACACCUAUCGGAUUCAAGGAGACCAUGCUAUUUGCUAUUGUCAUUUUUGAAAUCGGGUCGCUGAUCUCUGCUUUAGCAAAUUCAAUGAGUAUGCUCAUUGGUGGUAGAGUUAUUGCUGGAGUCGGCGGUUGUGGUAUUCAAAGUUUAUCGUUCGUCAUUGGUUCAACCCUGGUAGAGGAGUCGCAGAGAGGCAUACUAAUUGCUGUUUUGAGUUGUUCGUUUGCUAUUGCAUCUGUUGUUGGGCCUUUCCUUGGAGGAGUUUUCACCUCCAGCGUCACAUGGAGAUGGUGCUUCUAUGUUAAUUUACCGAUCGGUGGCCUAGCAUUUUUCUUAUUCCUGUUCUUUUAUAACCCAGGUUUAAGUACAUUUCAAGAGACAAUGGAUAACAUCCGCAAAUUUCCAUCACAGUUUAUCGAAAUUGUUCGGAAUGUAGCAUAUCAUUUAUUGAAAAUCAAAGGGUUUAGCAAACUUAAUGGGUGGAGAAAGCCGUUCAUGGAAUUGAUUUUCAUGUAUGAUAUUAUCGAGUUUGUGUUUUGUUCAGCUGGAUUCACAUGUAUUCUAUUGGCUUUCACAUUUGGCGGUAACCGGUAUGCUUGGAACUCUGCAUCCAUCAUUAUUCUUUUCAUCAUCGGUAUAGUCCUGGUAGUGUUAGCAGGUAUCUAUGAUUUCCUUGUCUUCCCCAAAUUUAAUAUAGUGAAAGCAACACCACAUUACCAACCAUUAAUGUCAUGGACAAAUAUCAAGAAACCAGGUAUUUUCACGGUUAAUAUAGCCUUGUUUCUCACUUGUGCAGGAUAUAUCAGUCAGUUUACGUAUAUUGUGCAAUACUUCCAAUUAAUUUACAAUGAUUCCGCCUGGAGAGCCGCUGUACACCUGGUUGCUUGCAUUAUUUCUACAGUCGUUACAGCAAUACUUUGCGGUGCUAUCACCGACAAAACCCGCCAAAUCAAACCGAUUAUUGUUAUUUCAAGCAUUUUUGGUGUUGUUGGUGCGGGUAUAUUAACCCUAUUGAACAAUAAUGCCAAUAACUCUGCUCACAUCGGCCUUUUGAUAUUACCUGGCGUUGCUUUCGGUGGUUUGGCACAAAGUUCCAUGCUCGCUUCUCAAAUUCAGUUAGACAAGAAGAGCCCAACUUUUCGAUCAGAUUUUGUCUCUAUUACCACUUUUAACACAUUUUGCAAAAAUCUAGGUCAAGCACUGGGAGGUGUCAUCUCUAACACUGUUUUCAGUGCUGCUGCUAUCAAGAAAUUAACCAAGGCUAAUAUUCAGCUCCCAGAUGGUACCACGGUAGACAAUCUGGUAAUCUAUAGGCAGACCAAUUUCGAUGGCUCUCAUUCCAAAUUGGGCAAUAUAAUUUCUGAAUCUCUCACUGACGUCUUUUACAUGGCAUUAGGAUUUUAUGCAUUAUCUCUCAUUUUUGCUGUUUUUGCUUCAAAUAAGAAAGUCACAGCAAGCCUGAGAUAA